AUGGCUGCAUCCUGUCUUGACGAUUUCGACUCUGAGAUGCUCUCCUCCACCUCAUCGUCUCCUUCUGCGAAGAGUGUCCCUCAGACGCCUGCGGGAAACCGGCUCCAGGACGCAUUAUCUGGCGGGGCAAUGGCGGAACUCUCACCACCUGGAUCUCAGGGUCCCACGACACGAGAAGUAACCAUGACGGGAUACAAUGAAAGCUCAAAGGAUCCCUUGAUACCGGCUGGUUUCUUGGUCAAUCCCGAGUCCAACGACGAGAUGGCAGAGGGUCCUGCGAGUCAGCUGCCGGCAGCGCUGCGAGAUGAGCCCGGCGCAGCGUGGAUGAACACGAAAUCAGAGGAAGAUGCGAAGAGGGCCCUUGAAUACGUUGUGGACAAGGAAUUUAGUCUGAAGGAGUUUGGUGAUCCGUUCGACGACAGCGAUAUAAACCCGCGCAAGAUAAAAGAUUAG